GUAUUCUACCGCCGCUUUAAUCCGCGCGUUAAGAUGGAUUCUCGCCGACAGCCGCCGAAGACGAUCGACGAACUACAAAGGUCACGCGAAACUCGAGCGAACGAUGCCCUGGCAAUGAAGGAGCAGCAAUUGCGUAUGCUGAAUGAUCAGAAUGUCCAGCUGCUGCGUAAUCUGGAUAGGGUUGAGGAGGAUGCAAAUGCCAUACAGCUCGAGAAGGUUGCGGCCGAAUCCGACAACCGAACGCUGCGCGAUGAGAACUUUCGCUUACUAAGCAGAUCCCGAACUGCGGAUGCCCAGUUAUCAUCAAUGAAAACAGAAGCUGCCGAGAAGGAUAAGCAGCUUAGGGUCAUAACUGAUCAGAAUUCAGAGUUGUUACGUUUGCUGGAGACCGAAGAAGCUCAAAGCGCGAAGUUAAGUGCGGAAAAUCAACACUACGGUAGCGAAUUGGAUUUACUGAAAACAAAAUAUGGGACUCUACUUGCCACCGCGAAGACUCACGAAGAAAUGGCAAAUCGAGCAGCACAUGAAGGCCAACUCCGCGCAGAUGAAGUACGUAUCCUGCGUUCUGAGAUUGAUCAACUCAAAACCUUGAACCAAGAGUUAAAGCUCAAAGCUCAAGUUGAGCUGGAGGCACUCCACGAGCAAUUGCGAGUCCGGAAGGAAAAACAGUACCAGCUACUCGAGAAGCUGCAAGCACAAGAUAGGGUUAAGCGUUUAGCAGAGGAUCAAGUAAGUAGCAUGGAAGAAAAACUACGCCAGUUGCAUGCCAAAAGCGUGGAAUUGGACACACACCUACAGGUGGAAACACGGAACCGUCGCAUGAAAGAAGAAAGCAAUCGCAAUCUGACCGCUGACCUUAAUAACCUGAUGGAAGAGGUCAAAGAAGUCAGAAAUCGGUCAAAUCUUGCGGAUAGCGAAAGACUCCGCAUAGAAGCAGAGGCAAGGGACAGUGGUGACCAAUUGCGAGAAAUGGCCGAAAAAGUUUUCCAGCUGCUCGAGCGGCUCAAACUAGCAGAACUCAGUAAAACUCGGGCCAUGGAGGAGCUUAAUAAGCGGGAAGCCGAAGCAGUAGCACUAUCGAAGAAAAAUGCAAGGCUACUGAAAGAAGCAACAAGAGAAGGACGAGGCAGAGUGAAAGCUGAACUUGACAAAAAGAUAUUACAAGACCAGCUACGAGCAGUCAGAAAGCAUAACUCUGUGCUGGCAUCUCGUUGUCGUGAAGAGGUUCGCCUCAAGCUAGAAGAGCGUGAAGAAAAAGGAGUUGCGGUGGAAAAGGUCAAGACUUUUAGUGGUCGCCUUGGGUUUCUCUUAAACAAGAUGCAGACAGAUGAAGAAGCCAAGGUUGUGCGAACAGAGGAGAUGCGAAAACUCGAGGCACAGCUAAAGACUUCAAAUGAUCAUCUAUCCAAGCUGCAAGCCAAACUGGAUGAUGCCAAUGAAUCUAAUCGCAUCAUAUCACAGGCGAGUAGAAUCAAACAAGAGGAGCUAGACACAACAAAAGCUAGAUUUGAUGCCCUUUUGGACAGCAGGCAAACAGAAAACGUCCAAUCUAGCACAGCCAAAAUCCACGGGAAUGAUUCUGGCCAAAAUCCCCACGUAAGUCCUGCUGAAGCGAAUGGUCGAUUUCUACUGGACACCAGCACUUCUUCCGACUUAAUCUUGCUCAAAGGCAAGAAAGCAAGCUGGAGUACUUGGCUUGAAGCACAUGAUGCAAAUAAGAUACUCAAACGCGCGCAGAAUUCACCCAAUACUAGGGAGUUGCUUGUUCAACAUAUAGGAAGAUGUUAUGGCAUGUUGAUGGCUCAGGAAGAAGGCAGGGACACUUUGUACCGGGAUUUGCAAGACUGUGAACAACAAAUCGAGCAUGUUGCACGUAAAUGUGCACACGUCCAGGAAAAGCUUCAUCUUGAAGAAGAGGCCAAAAGGCGUACUCUUCUACGCUAUGUCCAUUCAGUUAAGAAUACCAGUAUCCCUAGCAUUAUAAGAAGUGUAGAAAAAUCAGACGAAGUUGGCGUGAUACAGCUCCCCGAGUCGUCGAUCUCUGAUGAAGAGCUACACGCGAUUUCGGCACUUCUGCGUGGUGAUAUGUCAAUCCAACAGCUUAUCCUCCGGGACAACAUGAUAUCAGAUGAUGGGGUUCAUGCCUUAGCAUCAGUCUUGGCGGGUAAGUCCAAUAUUAGUACCAUCGAUCUUCGCGGAAAUAGGAUGACGCCCCACGGAAUUCGGAUACUUGCAGAAGCACUAGAGCGAUCUGAAAGAGUACGUCAUGUCUACGUGCACGCAGCUGGGAAAGUAGAGGCCCUGGGUAUUGCUAAAUGGACUCCAGUAAAUCCCCCAGACGGUGCGACAACAGCGGAGUUCUCAGCAAGCGUUGAGACUGUAUGUUGCGUGGACUGCCGAGAUAAUAUUCAACACGAUCAGGAACAGCAGAAGAUUACCAAUAGCUUAAAAAAGUCUGAGGUUCCUGUAGCUGUUGCUAAUCACAAGAGGUUAGCGCGAGAAAAGAAAAUUCAGCGCAUGAGUGCCGGCAAGGCAACGAGAGGACCCAUGGCAAAUUCGUCUAGAGUGGGGGUGUUCCCAAACUUAGGAGAGGGCCUCACUGGCCACCAGAGGCGAAAAUGA